AUGGGUCAGGAGCUGUUUCAUGCCCUAGACAAAGAGCAAGAUAUAGUAGAUCGGGACUGGCGUCCAUUUGUGGAGGAAUGCGAUCAAAUGCAAGGUAUCCAGGUUAUUUCUACCAUUGACGACGCCUGGGGCGGGUUCGCAUCGUCCUACCUCGAGACGCUACGAGACGAGUACCCGAAACAGUGCAUUUGGGUCUGGGGCAUACAAAAUCCCCUGCUUGACAGCGCUCGCGAGAAGCGUCGGCUGCGACUUACCAAUGCAGCCUUCAGUAUAAGUGAGAUUGCCCAGCAAGCCACGACGCUUGUUCCUCUGUCACUCCCCGAGCACCGCUUCCCGCGCUCGGUCAAGCUCGACUGCGGCUCACCGUGGCAUACGUCAGCGCUGCUUUCCGCAGCCAUGGAAAGCGCAACGCUGCCGUCUAGGCUCCUACCCCGCGGCGGUGUGCAGCGGGUGUCUCUGGAUGAUAUUUCACAAAUCGUCAACACGACCGGCACGCGGACUCUAGCUGGACAGCGGAUGGGGCUGGGACCUAACGACGCUGAAUUGGAGGGGGUUGAUGGCUUUGACAUUGAUCUGCUCGGCAUUAGUCGUGUGGAAAAAGACGACCUGGACGGUAUGAAACGAACCUUUGGCAAGUUCAUAUUGUCGCGUGGUGAAGGCGAAGAUCUCGGCGUGAAGGAUGACGACGAAAAGGAAGCCAGGCCUCGCAUCGGUGACCCUGUGCUGAAGAGAUUUCCGAUGCUGGACAGCUACCCCGAUAUCUUCCCGAACGAGACGGGCCAAGAGAGCAUCUGCCUGCAAACGGCGAUCUUCACGGACCAGAGCAUCUCGACGCGCAUGAAGACGCUUAAGAAUCAAGUAACAUGGGCCGUCGGAGUUGACGAAAGAGAGCAGCUGGCUAACUCACUGGCCGAAAUCGGCGAUGCGUAUCAUGAUGACUGGUCAAGCGGAAGUGACAGCGGGGAGGAUGACUAG